AUGCGCGCGGACAUCUGUGAGCACGCAGCAGGCGCCCUUCUGCCAAGGUUGGCAGCACACAACAUCGAGAUCCCGUUGCAGGAGCGGCCCUCACUGACUGGUGACCGUGCUCCCCCGCAUCCUCAGCACGGUGACUGUCCCGAACGGUUCGAGCAGCUGCAUGCAGAACAGCGUUCGUCGAAGCGCGAGAUGGCCAUACUUGAAGCGGAAGUGGCGUUCCUGGCACAUGCGUUGGGAUACACACCGGAGCAGGUGCGAGCUGGCGCGGUGCAACGCAUUCAAGCCCGAGGUGCUUACGGUAUUAGCAUCCCGGCCGGACAACCCAGCAAAGCGGCAGCUGCGCAGGGCGUGAAAGCAGGAGAGGGAGGGAUUGACGAGGACCUGGAGACGGCGACUUACACCGGGGUUACCAUCGAGAAGGCUACUGGAAAGUGGGGGGCAAAGAUAUUGUCGUGGGAUGGGGAUAAACGGCGGCAGCAUCGGCUUGGCGCAUACACGACCCCCAAAGAGGCCGCUGUGGCGUUUGCGGCAGCUGCUCAUGUGCUGCGACACGGUGAGGAGAUAGAGAAUACCAUCCCCCUGACAGAUGCACAGAAGGCGUUGCUGGAGGGCUGCGACAAGGAUGCGGUGGUAAAGCUCGUGGGUGCGCGCAUGUGGUGGCGGUGGAAGAAGUGGCGCCAGGUGGUGCAGGAACUUGAUUCCAAAAAGAGACGCCAAAGGAAGGCCCCGUCAGCUAACACACGGGGCAAGAAGAGGAGAGUGGACGGCAAGGUGGCUGGUGGCGGGGAUGUUGAAGCGACGGGGAGUGAUGUUGCAGGAACCAGACAAACAGAGCCGGUCAAACUCGUGGAGAACGAAGGGGAGUCCCAGGGUGCCAGCGGCAAAGAGGAUGAUGGGGGGGAGGAUGAGAACGAAGAGGGGGAUGAGGGGGAUGAGGGUGAUGAGGGGGAUGAGGAGUACGUUGGUGAGGAGGGUGGUGAUGAAGAUGGAUCUCAGUAG